AUGCCUAGCACGAAAGACAGAACUCCUCGAAGAGAAACCUGUGUGUACCCCACGUUUCCAGCGCUAAAGGUCACAAAACACAGGGCUGCCGGAUGCCUCUCCUGGCAGCGAGGACCAAGGUACCCCUCUCAUCUACACACUCCCAACACUCCUGGAAAACAUUGGCCCAACUCCAGAGGACGCCCCAGCAUCCUCCCCCUUUCUAAAUACCCCCCAUCCCCGCCACUCCCUUUCCCGGGGAACUCACACUUUAGAGAAGAACCGGCGGCGCUGAGAAACCGGGCUGCUUCCUGUCCUCUUCGGGACCGAGGCGGCAGCCGCGGCAGCUCCGGCACGUCGCUGAGCAAGAAGCGGGGCUGGGAUCGCCAAGCCGGGCGGCCACCCGGGUCUCUUCCGCGCGGCCGGAGCAGAGGCGGCGGCGGCGGCUGGGUCUUCUGCCCGUCCCGGGCCACUUCUCCCCGACAGUCCCGUUUGGGAGGCUCCGGAUUUUUGUCUUACAAAGUUUCUUCUGGGCGGAGGCUGCGGCCGGCCCCCCGGUCCCCCCCGGCCCCGCCGCCCUCGGGGCUGGGGCGGGGAGGGGGCUCUAAGAACUCCUACCGGAGUCCCGCCGAGGAGCCGGGGGGCCGGCGACGGGCCGAGAACGGAGACCCCCCCCGAGGGGGCAGAGGGGCGGGGGAGGGAAGGGAAGGACGGCGGUGCCGGUCCCGCUGUCCCCGCCGCCCCGGCCGCCGCUUCACAUCGGGGUCCCCGCCCCCCCCGGCCGGGGGGCGUCUGCCCGGCGUGGAGCCCCGGCUCAUGCACUCCGCGGCGAGAUGCUACGGCCCCGGGCGGGUGGCCGAGGCGGCGGCGAGGUGGGGGACCCGGCCGGCUCCGCUCGGCGCCGCCCCCGCUCCCGGCUCCCGCAUGUGUCGCUGCGGCUGGGACCCCCUCCCUCCACCUUGGGGGUCCCUCGCCCCGCGCCCCGGGACCAACAGAAGCUCCGGCCCCUCCUCAGCGUCCUCUCCCCGCCGAGCAGCGGACUAG